AUGUAAAAGAAAAGGUUAUCAUCUGUUGACAGAAACUUUAUGUCUUCACUUCGGAAAUAUGAAGAAUAUCCCACAUCAAAGUAAAUGAAUGCUUAAAAAAGAGAAGCAUAAUUAUAAGAGCAAUAAUUGUUGAUUUAGGACAUUCAAGCAAAUAUUUCAGAUUUGGAACAGGGAAAUUUUGUGAAAUGCUUUACAAGUAUAAAUCUAAUGUUUAAUGAUCCAAAUUAUUGCCUUCGAAAGCAUAUUACUUUUUAAUUGUUUGUACCUGAAGAAAAAGAUUUCAUUGGAUUUACAAUAUUGAACCAAAAGGAAAUUUGGAUUUUAUUAUUGCUAUAUUUUGACAUAGUGAAUUAGGAUAAGAAUUAAUAUGCCAGAUAUCUUUGGUAAAGCAUAAUUAAGAAAAUGUCUGAAUUUUUAAAUUAUGAACUAAGAGAAGAGGUUAUAAAUAAAGUCAAACUGUAUAAAUAAUAGUCUAAAAUAGCAAUUAAUUUUAAUAAAUAAGUUAAUUAGCUAACAAAUCAUCGUUACUCUUUCCAGGAAUAUGAUGAUUAAAGCAAAGAAGGGAAGGAGAUUAGUGAUAAUCUUAAGGAAAUUGUAUUUGAUAAAUCUAAUAUGGCAACAUUGUCUGAUAAUUCAAUAAUUGAAAGAAGUUAAGUUUUAGAAUAGAAUAUUGUGAUAAUGUAUGAUCAAGUUGAUUCAGCAACAAAUGAGGAUGCAUCAAAUUAUGGCCCAAAUAAUAGUUCACUUGAUUUGAAUAACGAUUUUGUAGAAAUCACUUACCAUAAUUAAAAUCCACACGAUUUUCAAAUACCAGAUAUUUCAUUCUAAUAGCAAUCAUAGACAGAAGAUUUAAUAAAGAAUACUAUUUUAACAGAUUAAGCUAGCAAUUAAGUUGAGGUCUCUUUAAUAGCGCAGAUGGAACAAUUAGGUUUACAGGAUAACUAAUAAUGUGAUCAAUUGAAUAAUGCUAUUAUUGUAGACAAUGACAAUGAUAUUCAGGAUAGCUGUCAAAAUUUAGAAUUAGAUUCAAUCAGUUAGACUUCACUUGAAAAUGUCAAAAUCCAAGAAUCAUCAAUAUAUUACUAGAAAUUCUAAGAAGAAAAUAAAUCAACAGAGUAUCUUGAAGAUAAUAAAGUUAUCAAGAAUUCUUAAGUAAAUAUUUCAGAUUUUGAAAAAAUCGAUGAAGAUUCAAUUUCAAAUCCUGAUUAAUUUUGUAAGAGAUCUCACCAUACUCCUCAAUUUUCUAUGAAUUAAUAGAUUAUUAAUUAGGAAGUAAUCGAGGAGUAAAAGAAUUCAACCUAAUAAGAUGAACAUUAAGAAAUUCAGUUUUUAAAUUACGAUGAACUAUUAGCACAUGAUUAGGCUAAACAGAUUUUGAAAAAAGACUUGGAACAAUUGGAAAAUGAUUCAGGGGAUGAAGAUAAUUAGAUAGAAACUAAGCAAUAAGAGUCUAAUAGAAAAAGGAGUUAAUCAUGUCUUGAAAAUAGGGAUAUCAUUAAAGUUGAAUUAUAAUAAUCUCCAAAUAAGGUUAAUUCAAAGAAAAAGACUAUUGAAGAUUACUUUAAACCUAAAAGCAGAAAUGAGACAAAGGAUUGCAAUGCACUGGAUGAAUAAUGUGUAUAACAAGAGGAAUUUCAAUAAUCUUCACAUAAUGAGAAAAGGAGAAAAAGUAGAAUUAGCAAAAUUAUGCAAUAAUCAAAUGCAAAUUUACAACCUGAUAAUGAAUAUGAUUUAUCUUCACAACAGCCAUAAAGACAGUAGAAUUUGGAACAAUCUCAUGAUCUUGAAUCUUAAUAAUUAUCUUAUCAUAAAAAGAGAAAAUCAUCAUUAGUUGAUAUACAAUAUGAUCAAAAUUUUAUGGAGAAACAUGGAUCAGGAUAUAGAUUCGAAAUUUAAAAGGCACCCAAAAGAUUAAAAGAAAAAUAUUAAGUUGAAGAAAUACUAGUCCCAAAGAGAUCAAGCAAAAGAAUUUAAUAUCCUCAGAGAAGUGACUUAGAAAUAUCUAAAAUGAUUAUUGCUAAUAAUGAAAUCUUGAAUUAUUUUACUCCUGCAGAUCGAUAGUCUUAACAGAUAUCGGAAGAAAUUAAUAAUAGAGUUCAUCCAAUGACAUAUUUCCAUUCUCUUCAUAAGAAUGAUAAAAAUCAGAUAAUCGUUUUAUCGAACAAUUAAGAGCAUUUUAUUGAUGAUAUCGUUGAGGUGGAGAUUUGUAUGCAAAAUAUAAAUGAUAAUGAGAGUCAUCAUAUAGUUAAGAUUGUAAGUGGGUAAUUAAAUGGUUAAAUAGCAAUUGCACAAAUAAAAAAAUAGAGUUCUGAAUAAAUCAUAUUUGAGGAUUACAACUUCUACAAUAAUUAUCUCCACUUUCAUCAUUAACAACCAUAGACUAUCUACUUACCAUUAGGCAGCUAUUUAAUUAAUUAAAAUUGA